GGCUGCGCGGGGGGAGGCUGCCCAGCAAGCGCAGCCUCCUCCUCAUCCUCCUCUUCCUCCUCCCCCUCAUUCUCUCUCCCCCCCCCCCACUCCGGGUGUAAUAUUCGGGGGAAACAAUAGGGAAUAUCAGCGUUUGUUUGCAAAGGGGCCGUCGGCGCGGCGCUGCACAAUGAGGGCUUUGUUGGGCGGCACAGGGCUCCCUCUGUGUGCGCGCUGCCGUGCCCCUCUCCUCCGCUCCGGGCCGCGGGUGUAGCCGGCUCCUGAAUGGCACCGGUUGUGCCCAGCCAAAGACCCGCCAUGGACACGAGCGGCCACAGCGUCCUCCUCCUCCAGCAGCUGAACAUGCAGCGGGAGUUUGGCUUCCUGUGCGACUGCACAGUUGCCAUUGGAGAUGUUUACUUCAAAGCCCACAGAGCGGUGCUAGCUGCUUUUUCAAACUAUUUUAAGAUGAUAUUUAUCCAUCAGACCAGGAUCCGCGGGCUUGAAGCAAUCAGGGAGCCGGAGCCUUAUCACAGGUCUGCGCCUCAGACUCAUGCAGAUAAGGGACAGGACUGCGAUCACCCACUUAUUUCAAGCUGCUGCUCCUGGCCGAGUCCUAAGUGGUUCUACAGUGAAUGCAUAAAGAUCCAGCCUGCAGACAUCCAGCCUGACAUUUUCAGUUACUUGCUGCAUAUCAUGUACACGGGGAAGGGGCCGAAGCAGACCGUCAACCAGAGCCGGCUGGAGGAGGGCAUCCGCUUUCUCCACGCAGACCACCUCUCCCAUAUCGCCAUCGAGAUGAACCAGGUGUUCCCCUCAGAGACCGUGCAGUCUUCAAACCUGUACGGGAUCCAGAUCUCAACUGCCCACAAAACGGCCAAGGAACGUCUGGGAGCGAAGGAGACGCUGGCCAAGCCUGGUGGCAGGUCUUCUGCCCAGGGCGACCACCCGCAGCUGCAGCUCUCCCUCGCCAUCGGGCUCGACGACAGCUCCCUCGAGCAGCAGGUUGCUCGCCCCGCCGCGCAGCCGGCUGCUCUGGUCAAGCCGGCAGAAGAGCUGCCAAAGCUCUCUGUCUCCGUAAAGCAGGAGAAGUGUGACUCGGAGCCCGUGGUGUCCCAGAGCUGCACCCCUCCUUCUCCGGACGUGGCAAACCCCAUUUUUGCCAAGGCCAGCCUCAGGGUGCACUUGUGUCACUACUGCGGGGAGCGUUUCGACUCCCGGGGGGGGCUGCGGGAGCACCUGCACACCCACGUCUCGGGCUCGCUGCCCUUCGGCGUGCCGGCCUCCAUCCUGGAGAGCAGCGACCUCGGCGAGGUGCAGCCUCUGGCGGAGAGCAGGGAGGCCGGGGAGGGUCACCGCCUCGGGGCCUUCCUCCUCAAAGAGGACGAGCAUCAGCUGGAGCACCCGAGCUGCGGCGACCUCGAGCCUCUGCAGAUCGGCCAGCUCUCCCUCAUCUCCAAGGACCACGAGCCGGUGGAGCUGAACUGCAAUUUCUCUUUCUCGAGAAAGAGAAAAAUCAGUUGCACCAUCUGCGGCCGCGCGUUUUUCCGGAAGAGCCAGUUGCUGGAACACAUGUACACGCACAGAGGGAAGCAGCCCAAGUACGGCCGCUGCCAGCGGCUGGAGAGCCCCGCCACCCCCAGGUUUCGUCCUUACGGUGACAGUGAGAGCGUGGGGAAGAGCCCCGGUUUAUCUCAAGACCACCUGGACGAAUGUAUACUGGAGUCUGAUCUUAUCCAAGAGAGCGUGGACACGAUCCUGGUAGAGUAAUCCUCCCCCUUCAGGUGCUGGAUAUGUGGGAAGUUUCCGUGCAGUGGGUGGCUGCUCUCUAGAACUGUCUUUAACCAAUGUUCCCAUCACCACUGAGCUAGUGAAGAACUGUGUGUGUUUGGCCUGUGUGUUUACUUUUUUACUUCUCUAACUUUUAAACUCAAGCUAAUUCAAAUCCAAGUACUUCUUGGAAGCCUCCAUGUAACUCAGUUACAUUUUGAUAAAUGUGAAUUUCUUCUUGCUCUGCUUUACUCCAGUUCUUAUUGUGUUGCUGGGCGUGAGGUUUGUACAUCCCCUAAUACAUCGAGUAGCAUCAAGGGAUGUUUGUAUCCCCUAGAAUUGCUCUUCUGAAGUUAGUUGAGGGAAAUGUAGAGGGACAUAUAUAUUGCUCUUUCCCCAGAUAGUUUGUUUUUAAUUUAAAUAAAUAUCUCAAGGAGAUAAAUCCUGAAGUUUGUGUUGUGUAAUUGCAGUUAAUAAAUCUCUAUAUAAACAUG